AUGACCUCAGAAACAAAACUUCAAUUGGAGGAAAAGGUUCGUUCCUGGGGUUUCUCAUCAGUAUUUACCUGGACGGAUGCUCCAAAUUCUCAUUAUAAUCCACAUUCCCAUGAUGGCCUAACCACACAUCUCAUCGUGAAUGGUCAACUUACCAUUACCUGUCCGAAGGAAGAGAAUGCUCAAAAGAUGACAUAUGGUGUUGGUGAUAGAAUUGAUGUUGAUGCUGGGAGGGUUCAUGAAGUUUGGAUUGGUCCUGAAGGUUUAGGUGUCGAGAUCGGAUAA